AUGCUACCGCCUUCAAUGAGAAAUAAGAACACUUCGAACAAGGCAUCACUGGAGAAACAGGCUACUACGAAGCGGUCCGCGGCGUCCGACGAUUCUGAUGAUGACGAUUUACCCACAGAUUUCUUCGGCUUGUCCUCUGCACCGGAACCGAAAAUUCCUAGAGUGGGAGACGUUCCCGCUCUGAUCGAUGGCGUAGCUGACCUCGUAGGGCCGUCACGUCCCAUGAAAUCGGACGUCGAUGUGGACGAGGCCUAUGGCUAUCCUGAAGUUGGUCCUUCUUCUAGCGAACCGCCAAUGGAAGGAGUCAUUACUGAUGAGGAAGCCCGCCGGCUCAUAAUGAAGUAUGAAGUCGGGCCUAUGGGGUCGAUGGAUAUUCGUAGUCUCAAUUCCGUUGCAGAAGAUAUUGUAGAUAUACGAGUGGAUGACGCGCUCGGGCCAGAUGUUCGAGCAACACUGUUGAAAAAUUUGCACGUGGCUGCACGCGCCAAAGACGCGAUGGCGCCUUUGCCGAAGUCUAAGAAUCCAGCCGACGUCACGUCAAAGAGAAAGCACCAGAUCACAUAUCUUGCGAAUUUGGCUGUUGCGCGCGAAGAGGCGCUCCAGCAGCAAUGGGCCGAAAGCAAGCAAAUGAGGAGAAUGGGUCGACAAAAGUAUGGUUUCUAG